GUAAAAGAACUAAUAAUCUCUUCCAUUAUUGAUUUUUAAUGAAAGGUCAUUUAUUUAUUCAUAUCAGCUGAUGGUAGUAAGAAAAAAGAAUUGAACAUUAAAUUAUUAACAAUAUUUAAAUGUACUACAUUUAUUUUAUUUAAAAUUAUUCAUUUUCUCACAAUGAAUAACUGUAAUUGUUUGGUGAAUAUUUUUUUUGUUUUAACAUGAGAAAGGAAAUGAAUAACAUAUUUUAUUGUUUUUUAAUGAAUUUCGUUAUAUAUGCUUUUUUCUUAUUGAAUAGUUUCGAUAGAACAAUGAGAAGACGGAGUUGAUCUGAAAAACGUGAUAUAUUUGCUCUAUACAUGAUGAACAUUCUAGUCACACAUAUACAUGUCAGGGUGUUUUAUAUGAAGGUUUUAUUAAAAAGUUUAGGAAUAACUCCGCCUGGAGCUCCUCUGGGGCUAAUGCCGGUCCCGAGCCCAGAUAAAGGAGGAGAGUUGAGCAUGGGGUUAGCGACCCAAUCCCAUAGGAAACUAACUCUCUGAAAAAACGCUAACCGGAAAAAAUUAUUCAAAACAUUUAAAAUCUGUCCCAGAAGUUGAGACAUCUUCAUUUAGAAGAGUUAUGACGCCUAAUGGUGAAAGCUGAGUUCCUUCGGAAGUCACGAGGCUGAUGCCCCUUCUGACAAUCAGAGCAACCAUUUAUUUAGGUACAUGGAAUGUUCGUACAAUGUGGGAGACCGGGAGAGUCUUCCGAAUUGCUGCAGAAAUGAAGAGAUACAACCUAGAAGUGCUUGGAACUAGUGAAACACAUUCGAUGCAGGUUAGACAACAACGGCUAGCUUCAGGGGAGCUUCUGUUAUACUACGGUCAUGAAGAAGAGAAUGCUUUACAUACAAAAGGAUUUGCACUGAUGCUGUCCAAACAAGCAUAGAAGGCAGUUGUAGGCUGGGAAUCUCAUGGAUCAAGGAUCAUCAAAGCCUCCUUCCAAACAAAGAAAGAGGGCAUUUCAAUGAACGUUAUCCAAUGCUAUGCGCCUACUAACGACUACAAUGAAGACGUUAAAGAUCAAUUCUACAGUAGCCUGCUGUCAAUCGUCGAGAAGUACCCAACAAAGGACCUGACCAUUCUGAUUGGAGAUUUAAAUGACAAGCUUGGAACGGACAACACCGGAUAUGAAGACAUCAUGGGACGACAUGGAUUGACUGGGAGAAAGGAACAAAAGUGGUGAGAGACUUGGGAUCCCAUGUGCCUUCAAUAAACUGGUCAUUAGCGGCAUUAUAUUCCUACACAAACGCUUACACAAAACCACAUGGACUUCAAUGAAUCAUACUACGCAGAACCAAAUUGAUCAUAUUUGCAUCAACAAAAAGUUCAGGAGGACAAUGGAGGAUAUGAGCACCAAAAGAGGAGCUGAUAUAGCAUCAAAUCAUCACUUGCUGGUCGCCAAGAUGAAACUGAAUCUCAAGAAGCACUGGACAACGGGGCGGAAAAUAUCACAAAAGUUCAAUACGGAUUUUCUUCGGGAUACUGGCAAACUCAACAAAUUCAGGAUGGUCCUUAUCAAUAGAUUCCAGGCCAAGUAGUUAGCGAUCAGUACCAGCCGAACAAGAACAGAAAAAGCCAAGGCACAAGCUGAAUACACAAAAGUAAAUAAGCAAGUGAAGAGGAGCAUCAGGACCGACAAAUGUAAAUAUGUGGAAGAUUUAGCAAUGACGGCAGAAAAGGCUGUAACAGAAGGAAACAUGAAACAGUUGUGUGACACAACAAAGAAACUCGCUAGGAAUUAUCGCAGAUCAGAACGACCAGUGAAAAACAAGGAGGGCAAAAUAAUCACUAACGUCAAAGAACAGCGAAACAGGUGGGUAGAACACUUCAAAGAACUCUUGAAUCGACCAGCUCCACUGAACUCACUCAACAUCGAAGUAGCACCCACGGGCAUCCCAAUGGAUGUUGGCCCACCAACAAUUGAAGAGAUCAGUAUGGCUGUCAAACAAAUCAAGAGUGGCAAAGCAGCAGGACCAGACAACAUUCCAGCAGGGGCACUGAAAGCAGAUGUAGCAGUAACUGCAAAGAUGCUUUACAUUCUCUUCAAUAAGAUUUGGGAUGAGGAACAAGUACCAAAAGACUGGAAAGAAGGACUUCUGACCAAAAUACCAAAGAAAGGAGACCUCAGCAAGUGUGAUAACUACAGUGGUGUCACUCUUCUCUCAAUACCGGGAAAAGUCUUCAGCAGGGUAUUGUUAAACAGGAUGAAGAACUGCGUAGACGUCCAACUUCGUGACCAACAGGCAGGAUUCCGUAAGGAUAGAUCGUGUACAGACCAAAUCGUAACUCUACGGAUCAUUGUGGAACAAUCAAUUGAAUGGAAUUCAUCACUCUACAUCAACUUCAUUGACUACGAAAAGGCAUUUGAUAGCAUGGACAGAACAACACUAUGGAAGCUUCUUCGACACUACGGCGUGCCCCAGAAGAUAGUCAAUAUCAUACAGAAUUCCUAUGAUGGAUUACACUGCAAAAUCGUGCAUGGAGGACAGUUAACAAAGUUGUUCGAAGUGAAGACCGGUGUUAGACAAGGUUGCUUACUCUCACCCUUUCUCUUUCUCCUGGUGAUCGACUGGAUCAUGAAGACGUCAACGUCUGAAGGAAAGCGCGGGAUACAAUGGACAUCUCAGAUGCAGUUGGAUGAUCUAGACUUCGCAGACGAUCAGGCCCUUCUAUCCCAAACGCAACAACAAAUGCAGGAGAAAACGACCAGUGUAGCAGUAGCCUCAGCAGCACUAGGUAUCAACAUACACAAAGGGAAAAGCAAGAAUCUCCGAUACAACACAGCAUGCACUAAUCCAAUCACACUUGACGGAGAAGAUUUGGAAGAUGUUAAAACCUUUACAUAUUUGGGCAGCAUCAUUGAUGAACAUGGUGGAUCUGAUGCAUAUGUGAAAGCGCGAAUCGGUAAAGCAAGAGCAGCAUAUUUACAACUGGAGAAAAUUUGGAACUCAAAACAACCGACUGCAAGUCAACACCAAGAUCAUAAUUUUCAAUACAAAUGUCAAGACAGUUCUACUGUAUGGGGUGGAAACUUGGAGAAUUACGGAAGCAAUCAUCCAGAAGAUACAAGUGUUUAUUAACAGUUGUCUAUGCAAAUACUUCAGAUCCGUUUGCCGGACACUAUUAGCAACAACCUACUGUGGGAGAAAACAAACCAGAUUGCAGUGUAGGAAGAGAUCAGGAAGAAGUGCUGGAAGUGGAUAGGACACUGUUAUAACUGUGAAAAUAAUGCUGCUGAAGGAUUAAGGGAUAGCGAAUUAUUGAUCGGACCAAAGACGCACAAACACGUAGAACGACUUAGGGUUCUGAUUGGUCUCGUUUCCCUGCCUAACCCAGCCAGUUGAGUCCAGAACACAAGUUUCAGCCUCUGAGAUAUGAAUC